CCGCCGGCGCCCGGCGACUACGUCUUCCCCGGCGACGGCACCCGACUCGUCAUCCCGUACCCCUUCGAUUUCGUCUGCCACGUCAAGGCGAGACACGCGGGCGCGAACGUCGUCGCCAUGUUCGCGAAGGAGUUCCCGGCGAGGGACCGGGGGUACUACGAGGCGGCGCACGCGGCGGGGUACCUCCGCGGAAUGAGCGGCGGCGACGACGAGACGGUCGAGCCCCUAAGACCGCUCGCCGCGGGCGAGCGCGUGCGCCACUGGCUCCACAGGCACGAACCCCCCGUGCUCGAUCAUCCCGUGGACGUCGUCGCCGUCACGGACGACCUCGUCGCCGUGCACAAGCCCGCGACGAUGCCCGUGCACCCCACGGGACAGUACCGCAAGAAUACCGUCCUCGGGGUGCUCGCGGCGACGCGGCGGGACCUAGGGCGGCUCUCCCCGGCGCACAGGCUGGACCGAAACGUGUCGGGGUUGUUGCUCAUGGCGCGCAACGCGCGGACGGCGAGCGCGCUGAGGGAGGCGCUGGCGGAGGGU